GUUGACCGUAACGUAACAACAGCUAGGCAGAGAGAGGGCUGGAGUAUUCACACACACACACACACACGCACACACACUGCUAGAGCACAGUAAAGAGGAGUGUAGGAGAGAGCAGAUGGAGUCUAGCUGCAUGCCUGAUGGACUGAGCUCGCCGAGACGGUCACACACGCUUACUCACAACAAAGGCCACGACUGUCUGGGUGCUGUUGUCUCUAGACUCACUGGUGUGCUCCACUGAAUACAGACUGUGAAGAAGCUGAAAAGGCUGUGUGUUUGGAACGGAGCCAAUGACCAGGAGGCUAAACUGAAGGAGAAUAAGGCCACAGAGAAUUUAUUAAAAUGGGCAAGCUGUACCGAUGGACCAACAGGACCCUGAACAGCUCCUACCCCCAAGCCAUAAGACUGUUAAAUAGUUAGUCCAGGGCCAGUUUCCCGGAGCCUCUCUCUGAAUUAUGGUGGCUCAUACUGCAGCCAUACCGGACGUGAAGGCCCCUGCACCAUGUGACUACCCCUCAGCGGGCUGCUCCCCCGGCCAAGGCCUCGCGGGCUCGCGGGCUACACCUGCACCGCUGGUCUCACCAUGGAUCUGGAGCCCUGCCUCAGCCUCACUGACUUCCCCCUGCCCCAACCCCUCUCUGGCUUCAGAGGCCACAGCGUACCUCCCUACCCGCCAUACCCUGGCCAGUGCCCCUUCAUACCACGGUCUAACAGCAGUGCAUUACUCACUAACCUGGGGCUCCGGUACUGCUCCACCAACAGUGUGCAGCACCCACCCAGGGGUCCUGACUCUGGGCUGGAGUUGGGGUCAGGGUCAGGCCUGGGGCUGGACCCAGGGCCCUGUUGGAACAUGAACCAAGGCUGUGGAACUAGACUCUACCGCAGCAUGGAGAACUUGAACUGGAGUAAUUCUGUGUCUGUACCAGGCCUCUACUGUUCCCCGUAUUGUGCCCCCUACAGAGGCAGUGUGGACAGUGGGUUUAUCUUCCGCUGCACUGCCACCAGCCACUGGUACGAUGGGCCCUCGGAGGGGACAGGGCCCCAGGGCUACGGUCCUGAGAGCCUGGCGUUCUACCCCCACCCCCGCCUGGGGAGGGGCCUUGGGGGGUUGGGGAGGAAGGACCUGCCCCUCUUCCCCCAGUGGCUGUUCCCCGGCGCAGAUGACUGGGGGGUGAACGCUACCACGAAUGGCAGGAAAGAGCUAAGGGAGAAGCUCCGCCUCCAAAGCGCUCGAUCGGCAGCGGAACCCCUGAAGCCUCUUCGACCUCAGGUAACCCCAGGCAGUACCACUCCCAUCCUGAGGGGGUGCUCAGAGAGGGACUCAUCCCCUCACCAGAGGUACGUUGGGAGACCCCUUUAUGUCCGGCACCUCACCAGCCCUGAGAAAAUCAAGCAGGAGGUUCUGAGACGCCUUCAGCUCCGCCGGCAGAACAGCACCCCAAACUUGGCCCUCCAUGCCUCCCUGGAGACCCCUCAGACCACAGACAUGGCCAUGUCCUUCCCCACCGAGUCCAUCUCUGUCACUGGAAGUAGUUCUGAGCUCAUAGCCGAGCGUAAGAGGCCCCCUAUGGGCCGCCUGCACAUCCCUACCUUCAAGGAGUUUAAGAGGAUGAGACAGAGAGAGGGAGAGAGUGGACAGAUAGAGAGCAGGAGUAAUGCUACUACAGUAACAACUAUAGACCAACCGCCAGAGACUGGUACAGGCAGCCAGAGCCCAGGGACAGGCAGAGACUGUAAGACUCAGACAGCCCCAUUGGGAUGGCGAGACUCUCAGUCCUCCCAGGAGGAGGAGAGCAAGAGCGAGGAGAGGAGAGGCAGUGAAGAGAGGGAGGAGAGGGGGAGCGGGGAGAGGAGAGGCAGUGGAGAGAGGGAGGAGAGGGGGAGCGGGGAGAGGAGAGGCAGUGGAGAAAGGGAGGAGAGGGAGAGCGAGGAGAGGAGAGGCAGUGGAGAGAGGGGGAGCGGGGAGAGGAGGGGCAGUGAAGAGAGGGAGGAGAGGGUGUGCGGGGAGAGGAGAGGCAGUGGAGAGACUCCCACAGCCAGCACUUUGCACUCAUCCUCUCCCAUCUUCACUGGCCCUACUCCCCAGCUAAAAGCCAACAUUCAGACCACAGUCUCUAACAAACCUAUAUGCACAGGCCCUACUCCCCGCUCUCCCCUCCAGCCCUCCAGUAAGACCCAGGGGAAGGGGACCAUGUAUCAUACCCAGGCCCAGGACAGAAGGCCUAAUGUGGGGCUCAGUGUGCCUCGGGCCUCCCAGGUCCCCUUGCCUCCUCCACACAGGGAGAGUGCAGAGGGCCCCUCCAGCUGCUGCCCAGCUCUGCUCCUGGACAAGACUGACCUCUCCAGCUAUGGAGCCAAGAUCUACAAGAUGAAGGAUGGGUUCAUCGGCUCCGCCCUGGACCUCAUCAAGAAGAGCUGCAGUGCAGAGAUUGCAGAGGCCCCCGUAAGGCUGUCAGGUGACCAGGACGACAGCGCUAACAUCGCUCCCCCACCAGAUUUUCGAUCCUCCACCGUCUCCAUGACAACCGCGACGGCCUGUGGAGAGGAGGCUUGCGACAAGCCUGCAGCAGGAGGAGGAGAAGAACUAACUGCAGAAUGCCAGCACUCUGGCCUGGGCUGCAGGCGCUCCAGCUCGGACGCAGCCUAUGAACCGGCCGAAUCGGUGAGGGCCCAGCGCGAGUGCCGCCUCCGGCCCCACUACAGCGACCCCAUGCCGGCCGACGCCGCCAAGCGCAAACAGCUGGAGAUGAAGAUCGCUGCCGCUGCACGCCUCCACAGCCAGCGACGGGACAGGGACAUCGCUCCUGCCUCGGUGCGGGUCCGUUCUGAACCCCGCGGUGAAGAGCGUCUAGGGAGUCUGGGUGUGACGCGUGGUGGACAGCACCGCUGGAGCACCGUGAGCAGCCUAAGUGCCGACAGUGGUGUGGUGGGCCUGUGUGACGACCGCGAUGAUGACGACGAACCCCGGAGAGUACACCACAGUGGAGGGGCUGAGGUGGAACGGGUGGACAGCGGGAUUGGACCCUGCCUGGCCCACGGCUGGAAGAGACCCUCUGCCUCUCUCAGGGCCUGGGAGGCCCAGAGGCCCUGCCCAGACUGUGGUCAGAGAGACGGGCACGGGGUGGCCCGAACAGAGGGGGAGGGGACCAGUAUGUGUGAGCGCUGCUCCAAGCUGAGGACAGAGAGGAAGGAAGCCAUCUUGGAGUUCCUGAACACAGAGUCAAGUUAUGGGGAGGACCUGAGGAUCAUCAAGGAGGAGUUCUACUGUCCCAUGCAGAGUGCCGGGCUGCUGACCUCAGAACAGCUGACUGUGGUGUUCAGCAACGUUCAGGAGCUCAUAGACGUCAACGAACGCUUCACUGAACACCUGCAGGACAGCAUUGACCAGGCAUUCGACCAGGGAGAUGAGGACCUGCUAACAGUGUGCAUUGGAGAGAUGUUCCUGGAGUUUGUCAACAUGCUGCCAGCCUUCCAGACAUACUGCCUGCAGCAGUCCACCUCUGUCAACAUGCUCAACACCCUGGAGAAGGAGAAAGAACUGCUGAGGAUCUUCCUGGACGUGUCCCAGAAUGACAACACAGCCCUGCGGCGUAUGAACCUGCGCUCCUUCCUCAUGGCUCCCCUUCAGAGGGUCACCAAGUACCCCCUCCUCCUGAGCCGCAUCAGCAAGGUCACCAUGGAGUGCCACCCCGACCAUGGCCGUCUCCGAGAGGCCAAGAGCCGUGUGGAGUCUCACCUGGAGCACAUCAACAUGAAGACCAAGCAGGAAGGAACACUCACCUGGACUCUGCGUUCCUUUCGCCGCGACAGCCGCAAGAACCGCGAGGUCAUUAACAUCGAGAUGCGGGAGAUGUCCAUGAAGACUGUGGGCUGGGCCAGGGAGAACACACGCUUCGUCAUGGAGGGGCCCCUGCAGAUCUCCCAACCUGCAGACGGACAGUGGGUAAAGAAGGGCAGUAAAGGCCUCAAGUUCCAGAACAUCCAGAGUCUGUUGAUGGUGCGUACGCAGCAGCCUGGAGAGGGUCUGUCUCAGACGGACGGCGAGGCCAAGGUGGAGGAGCAGGAGCACGGCGUGUGGGACGGUGUGCUGGUGCUCAUCAAAGACAAGAGCAGUGGGAAGUUUACCGUGCUCAGAGAGCCCAUCCGCCUGGCCAACUGUGUGGUGUCGGCCGACCCUGACUGCGAGGACACCUUUGAGGUGCUGGACAUACGUAAGGAGGCCUUUGUUUUUAGGGCCUCGGAUAAACCCCGCACCCAGCAGUGGUUCCGGCAAAUCAAGAGGUAUACCCGUGACCUGGGGCUGUGGAGGAAGAGGCGUAACGCGCUCCCCAAUAUUAUGAUGAACACAAACCAGGGCAGGUCCUGAGACUGAGGGACACCGUUUCCCUGGCUGGAUACCAGUGUAAAUAGAUGUACUACUACUGCAUAAAGAACUGACCAUGCUUCUGGAUGGUGGAGCGUUUUGUUUCUGAAGUUUUAGGGUGGGGUUUGUGAGGUUCCAUGUUAUGAUGAGGAUAGCACUUUUUUCUAAGAAAAACUGCAAUUGCACCAUACUGUAACGAAACGUAUGAAGGUAUAGUUUUUAGCUUCUGUCUAAAAAUUAUCAACCACUUGGAUGACCAAAAAAGGAGACUUGGUUGGGAACAUUGCUGGCCUUGGUUGUCAAAACUGUUUGCUCUUGAAGAAAGAGAUGUUUUCAGUAUACUGACUGACUGGUGUCUGUGUUGAAAAGCAUGGUUGAAGUUGAUGAUUGAAAAAACAUGACUCUGUAAUGCUAAUGAAAAUGCACAAAUGAGUCAAAAACUACUGUUAAAUUAUACAAUGGGGACUUGGACUACAGCUUAGUAAAAAAAGACAGGAACUUUUAUUUUACCUGACUAAGGUAAGUCAAAAUCACUGGCCUCUUCCCCCUUUCUUUUGCCCUCUGUGUCAGUAGCAAUGUCCACUGCCAGCAGAGAUCCGAGAAAUGGCAUCCAGUCCGUCAGUGACUUCCUACUAUGAAUGCUGUGCAGACAGUGUCUGUCGGACAGUUUGAACCCAGGGUUGUGGACAUACUUGUAUCAGAGGAGGCUGGUGGGAGGAGCUAUAGGAGAACAGGCUCAUUGUAAGCGCUUAAAUGGAAUGAAUGGAACGGAGUCAAACGUGGUUUCCAUAUGUUUGAUGUGUUCGAUACCAUUCCAUGUAUUCUAGCCAUUACAAUGAGCCUGUCCUCCUAUAGUGCCCCCCACCAGCCUCCACUGACUUAUAUCACUGUGCUGGGUGGGCUCAAGUCACAAAGAAGCAAUAAAUUGUGCAAUUUUAGCUAUUUAUUUUAGUUUCUCCACAUCUGGUCAGACUUCGUAAUUAUGGGAAAUCGAGAGCUUAUUAUUCCACCUAUGACUGGAAGUGAUGUUAUUGACACAAAUGAGCUACAGAGGUUAGGCCCUAGAAGAAUGUGCACUUGAACUUCAAGCCUAGGCCUGGUUUGGCCCCUACCAGUAUUGUCAACUGUUUAUUCAAACUCUCAAAGCCUUUACCUGUACCUGAAUGUGGUAGUACAGCAUGGCCAAAGUGGAGGUGGAAAGGCCUCAAACACAGGUCAACCGGACCAUGAGUUUAGUAGCUAAAGCUGACAUAGUAGCGCCAGUCAAAUGUCUUCACGGUGUGCUGUUCCAUGACAAUCAGAUGGGGAAAUUGUGAGCUUUCGUUCCUUGGGUUUUUAUUUCACUCUAAAUGAACAAAAAGCAUUUCUUCUGUUGACAGUCACAGUAAUGUUGGUAAAACUUUGAGUAUCUGGAAAUGGUCAUCAAGUCAGACUGCCCUCUGCCCCUAGGUAGCAGCAGAAAGACACUUAAAAAGCCUGCUUAUACCAGUGUGAACACUGCAUUCACCAAUCUGAAAUUUAGUGAAAUCUUUUUGGAUGCCAGAAUUUACAGGCAGUUCUAAUCCCUCCAUCGACUGCUAGUGUUACUACAUUAUGUCAUAGUUUACCUGUGCCCUUAUCUCAAGUGUGACUUCCCUUCUCCUAAAAUCUGUUUUUGUGUCUGAUGUUUCUGAAGGCACUUUAUAAUUAAGACUACAAAAUAGAUCCAUAUUAUGGUGCGACUGUCACUCUUCAACAACGCUAUCUGCCAAUCAUGAUUUCAAAAGCUUUAUUCUGUCGGCUGUGUUGUUUAUUCACAGAACUCUUUAUGUUAGGGAAACAUAUAGGACCACAGCUGACUACAUACAGCAGGUCAAGGCAAUACUUCUUCUCAAACAAAUCUAACCUCCAUAUACUCUUUAGUCUGAUUAUGUUUAGUCCAGGAGUAGCAUAGGUCAAGGAGGUAGUGAAUCACUGUUUUUGGACAGAGAAUGAUGUACGGAGUAGACUACUGCCUGUCUCUUACUGUUCAUCACCUUCCAAUGGCGCUAACACUGUUACAUUAGAAUCUCAUUCUAUUUCUAUUGUUUGAAUUCUUUCAGCUUCCAUCUUGUUCCACUAAAUGAUUACUACCGUAUAUGGGAAGACCAAUGCUGUGUAAACAUUUUGAAAAUAUCCUAGACCUGCUCGACUGUCAAAUGUUUUUCCUCUGCAUUUUAGACCUAAUGUCAUAUUUCCUUUAUGUAAGAUUUUGUGAAUUAUAUUAAAAAAUGACAUGUUAAAUACA